UUCCAACGCCGCAUUACGUAAUUACGUACAUUGUCCUCGUUUACGUUACGCAAGUUCCAGACAGCAGGAAGUGUGAUGUGGCUUUGAAUCCCUACUAAAAUGUCGGCCAUUUUCAACUUCCAGUCACUGUUAACAGUGAUUCUCCUCCUGAUCUGUACCUGUGCCUACAUUAGAGCGCUGGCUCCCAGCCUGCUGGACAAGAACAAGACCGGGCUUCUAGGAAUUUUCUGGAAGUGUGCCAGAAUAGGUGAGCGGAAGAGUCCCUGGGUGGCUUGCUGCUGUGUCAUCAUGGCUUUUAGUAUACUGUUUCUACAGUAGCACUCCAAAGAAAAACCCCAGAUGGAAACAUUGGAGAGAUGAACAGACAAUGAGGCAUGGACAGUACGAUCCUAUAAGCACAAGAGGACCUCCAGUGCUUGUCACUUAGAUAAUGUAAAAACGGAGACCUGUCAUCACAUACCUUAGCCACGGAGACACAAAAUGUGACUGUGUAGGAGGAGGGGUGAACUGAUAGCCCCAGAGUGUGUCUGAAGCCCUCCACAGACUUCCAGGUCUGUACUUGUGUUUGCUUAUGUGGAAUGUUUACUGUGGAUCUGUGUGUAUGUGUGUGUGUGUGUGUGAGAGCGUGAAUGACAGUGGGAGAGGGGCUGCUUUGUGGGAUCAAAUGAUUCAUAGUGUGUCUAAACAUUUCAAGCAUUUUUUUCACUUUGACUUUGUCACAAGAGCAUCAACUUGUUUAACAUUCUCCGCGAAGAGGACCCUCAUUAAUGUUCAAGCUGUUAAGGGAGUUACACGGCGACUUAUAUUUGUAACGUCAGUCCUGUGUUUGUUGUAUCUAAAAUUAGGGAUCAUAAUCCACAGCAAGCAAAACGGUAUUAUAGCUCUUCGGGUGUCUAGUUGUCUUACACAUUUGCCUAAAAGAGCUUCUGAUCUUUGUAAAGUCAGUCAGUUUGCCACUAUUUAUUAAAGAACUGGUCUGAGGCUAAGUUUUUGGUUUUUGUAAUUUAAAUUCAACCUUUCUGACUCGUGUUUUCUGUUGACACCUUAUGCCUGUUGUGACAAUACCACGCUGUGUCAAAAAUGACUUCAGACAAACAAAAUACAUAUUGAUGAUAAAUCUUU